AUGGCCUUGUCAAACCCAAUCGUGGAUGAGCAAUGGGAAACUUGGAAGCAGGCAUAUGGAAAAAGCUACCUUAGUGUGGAGGAAGAUCUAGUCAGGAGAGAAAUUUGGCUGGAAAACUUGGAGAAGAUCGCAGCUCACAAUGCUCGAUAUCAUCAAGGAAAUUCCAUGUAUGAAAUGGCCAUGAAUGAAUUUGGAGACUUGACACCAGCAGAGUUUGUACAGUUGUAUACUGAUGCAACAAUGUAUGAAAUGGCAAAUUACACAGAUGAAGCAUUCUCAGAUAUUGAACUAGAAGAACUGGAAGAAGUGGAGGAAGUCAGGCGUAUGCCCAAAGAAGUGGACUGGCGUCAAAUGGGUUAUGUUAGAGGUGUAAAGAACCAGGGUUCAUGUUUGUCCUGUUAUGCGUUUGCUGCAGUUGGAGCUGUGGAAGGUCAGUUGGCCAAGCAAAAGAAACAGUAUGUGGAUCUGAGCACGCAAAACAUCAUUGACUGUUCCGAUGAAUUUAAGAAUUAUGGGUGCGAUGGAGGUUUACCAUAUCGUGCCUUUAAAUACAUUAAAAAAUACGGCAUUGAAUCUGAUCAAUCGUACCCCUACCAAGCAAAGCGAAAUGAUCAGUGCUCUUUCAGUAGCGCUAAAAGCGUCGUCACAAUUAAAGGAUUCCAAAGGUAUAAGCAUAUUGAUGAGAAAAGAUUAGCUGCAUUAGUGGCACGUGUUGGACCAAUUUCUGUACUUGUUUAUUCGUCACUUAAUUCCUGGAGAUUUUACAAGUCAGGUAUCUUUGAUGAUGCUGACUGCAAUAAUAAGAGAGUUGAUCAUGCCGUGGUCUUGAUAGGAUAUGUGGAUGCACCUUCAAGCAGCUACUGGAUCAUUAAAAACAGCUGGGGAACAUCUUGGGGUGAGAAAGGAUACAUGCGCAUGAUUAAAGGCAAGAACAUGUGUAGAAUUAACUAUAGUGCUUCUUAUCCCAUAAUCUGAAGACUUUCAACUACUGCAA